CGGUGCCGGUAAACCGACCGUAAAGGUCUGACAUGAGCAGACUGCGGGAUCCCGCAAACAUAACAGCAUCAAGUCGCCUGUAGCAGGAAGAAUCACGCGUGUUUGCGGGAUCCUCCGUGAAUUUCCCAGCGCUGCCGGAGCGCGAUAGGAUGUCCGGAGUCACGUGAUGGGAAGAGAAGCAUUUUCAGCUGAAAAGCAGCUAGGAUAGUCGGGAAUCGCACCUCCAGGAGAGAAGCCCGCUAUGGGGGACAUGAAGACCCCCGACUUCGAUGACCUGCUGGCAGCCUUUGACAUCCCGGACAUCGACGCCAAAGAGGCCAUCCAGUCCGCCCCGGACGAGGCUGAGGGGCCACACGUGGCCCCAGGAGCGUCCCUGGGAAAGCCGGAGCCCGUGGCGGGUGUGGGGUCAUCCCUCAGACCCCCCAGCCCCUCAGACCCCCAGACGGACCCCUCCCUCGUGAGUGUGAUUGUGAAGAACAAAGUCCGGCACGAGGCGGUGGACGGCGGCGAUGGGGAUGCAGACCAGGACCCCAUCGAUGUGAUCACGGGGGCUGUGGACGUGGGGCCCAGGCUUGGUGCCUGUUCUCCCGGGAUGACCGAGUCCGAGUCGGUCAACCACAACGGGUUUGGAUCUUCUGGAGGCCCGCACCCCCUCGGUCAGGCUCAGUCCAAUGGCGCUCCGUGGUCGCUGACCAUCCCCAAAGUGUCUCCAGAAGCAGUGAGCUCCGGCGCCACCAAAGCCGCCAAACAGGGCGGCAACAUCUUCAACAGACUCAAACCUCUGGUGGCGCAGGGGUCGGGGGACCCGGUGGGCCGCGCCAGGAAGAUGCAGCUUCUGCAGCAGCAGCACCAGCAGGAUGCGGGGCAGGAGAGGGCAGACGAGGUCAAGGCGUCCUUACCGUCCUCCUCCUCCUCCUCCCUGCCCGCCGGCUCGUCUCCUCUGGUUGCGGGGGGGCCCGUUCGACCGGCAUCGCCCUUCUUCCCCCCCUCUAAGCCUCUGCUCUCGGCGCCUUCGUCGGUGCCCUCAUCGCACCCGCUGCACUCCUCCCAGCCUUUCAACGGCGCCUCAAAAGGAGGCCCUGCCGUGUUCCAGCAGCAGCAGGGGGAGGAGGAGGAUUCUGACCCGGAUCUCGGAAGUCCGCUGGUGAUCCAAGAGAAUCCGGACUCCCCGACGAGCGCUCAGAUGACCAGAAGGUACAAGUCCAACUCCGUCUCAGCACAGCCCACCUCCUCCUCCCUCGCCUGCCAGCCCAAACCCGGAGACACUCCUUCAGGCUCCUCCCUGACGUCAUCGAGUCCCCAGUCGGGGUCCACAGAGAGCUCCCAAGUGGAGGACCGACACCCGGAACACGUCAUCGAGGAGCGAGACUCUCCAGAGAGUCCUGAACCAGAGGUUCCUGUUUCAUCAGCCCCUGUCCCGUCUAAGAGAUGCUCCAGCCCCGCCGUGGCCUCCACGCCGCCUCCCUCUGAGAUGAGGGAGCCUAAAGAGGAGGAGGAGGAGAUGGAGGUGGGAAACGGGGCGGACGGCCUCGCUGAGAGUAAAGCAGACGAAGGACAACAUGUGAGCGCGAGCGAUGAUGUCAUGGAGGUGAGUGAUGGGCGGCCCAAGCCGGCGCCCACAGACGGAGGAGGAGGAGGUGCUGCUCCUGCUCCAGCCGGAGCUCCAUCCCGACCCCUCAAAGUCCGGAUCAAAACCAUCAAAACCUCCACUGGUGGGAUCACCAGAACCGUCACCAGGGUGGCGCCGAAGGGGAAAGGCGCGGACGCCAAAGCUCAAAGCGGGCAGCGCAAGUUCCUGGGAGGCCAAGCCCAGAAGGCAGACGGGUCUCCGGGUCCGACGGCGGGAGCCUCACAGAAAGUCAGCGCCCUCGGAGCUCUUCCCGCCUCCACUCUGGCGGCCAGCAGCGUGAUGCUGGCCGCCGCCACCAAAGUCCAGAACAAGAUGGCGUCCUCUGAAAAGGCCAAGGUUUCUCCGACUGCAGUGAGCAUCACCAAGGCCGCCGCUCUGCCCGCCACCCCCGCCGUGUCUUCCUCCCCCAAGUUCUCGGUUGCUGCCGGCGGGAUCAGCGUCCGCACGGGCACCAACAAGACCGCAAACGGCGGUGGUGGCGCCAUCAUAGGGGCCUCCCUGCAGCCCAACAAGCCGGCGUCCAUCGUCAACAGCACAGGGGCGGUCAUUUCCAGGAGCCAGUCCAGCCUGGUGGAGGCCUUCAACAAAAUCCUCAACAGCAAGAACCUCCUGCCCAGCUACAAGCCCGACCUGUCGGCCCCGCCUCCGCCCGAGUGGGGGCUCCCGCUGCCCGCCGCCGGCUACCGCUGCCUGGAGUGCGGGGAUUCCUUCGCCCUGGAGCGCAGCCUGGCGCGGCACUACGACCGGCGCUCGCUGCGCAUCGAGGUGACCUGCAACCACUGCGCCAAGCGGCUGGCCUUCUUCAACAAGUGCAGCCUGCUGCUGCACGCCAGGGAGCACAAGGAGCGGGGGCUGGUCAUGCAGUGCUCGCAUCUGGUCAUGAGGCCCGUCACCGUGGAGCAGAUGAUCGGGCAGCAGGACGUGACCCCCGUCGCAGGCCUGCUCUCCUCUUCGUCCUCUUCUCCUCCAGUCUCUUCUCCUUCUGUCACACCAGGGGGCGCCACCACCAACUCCAGCCCCAUGAAGGACGGCUCCUCCCCGGCGGCUCCUCAGCCCCGCCCGGUCCGCCGCGCCCCCCAGGGCCCGCAGGCGCUCAUGCCUCUGCCCUGCAAGAAGGCGGAGUCGCUGCAGUACAACAACUUUAAGUGUCCGGAGUGUCAGACGCAGUUCUCCGGGAAAGCCGAGCUGGUGACCCACUUCCAGCAGAUCCGAGGAGCUCCCAACUCGACGUGCACGCAGUGCUCCCCUCCCAUGAUGCUCCCUAACUCGUGUGCCGUGUCCGCCCACCAACGGGUCCACAAACACAAAGCCCCCCACGUGUGUCCCGAGUGUGGCGGGAUGGCGCGGCAAGCGAGCUUCCAGACUCACCUGGAGGAGGCGUGUCUGCAUUUCGCCAGGCGUAUCGGCUACAGGUGUUCGAGCUGCCAGGUGGUUUUCGGAGGUUUGAACUCCAUCAAGUCCCACAUCCAGACGGCCCACUGCGAGGUUUUCCACAAGUGCCCCAGCUGCCCCAUGGCCUUCAAGUCCUCCCCCAGCGCCCAGAGCCACAUCAGCUCCCAGCACCCGGCGCUCACUGGAGGACAGGCCAAGAUGAUCUACAAGUGCGUGAUGUGUGACACGGUUUUUACCCAGAAGCCCCUGCUGUACAUGCACUUUGACACCCAUUUAGCCAAGCAGAAAGUCCACGUCUUCAAGUGCCCCGACUGCACCAAGCUCUACGCCCAGAAGGGCUCCAUGAUGGAGCACAUCAAGUCUACCCAUAGAGGCCCGGCAGCCAAAGCAGAGUCUCAGCCCGACGCCUCCAACGCCGUCCCCGCCCCAUCCAACCCGUCCGGUCCUUCCGGCCUCAAGGCUAAGCCCUCCACCAAACCGGACACGUCCGACGGCGAGGACUGGGGGCGGGAGCAGGAGGAGGAAGAGGAGGACGAGGAGGAGGAAGACGACGACGACGACGAGGGGGACGAGGACUACGAGGCUCCGGGGGGCCACUCUGCCGCCGGGGGCGAUGGCGGCCGCGCCAGCGCCCCGACCGAGUGGACGUGUCCUCAGUGUCAGACCACCUUCACCGACAAUGACGACUAUCUGAGUCACGUCAAGACGGAGCACGGGAAGUUCCCCUGUCGAAUCUGUGGCGGGACGUUCAGCACGUCUUCCAGCCUGCGGCGCCACGAGCGCGUCAUUCACGAGGGCAACAAGAGAGUCUUCCACUGCCAAUUUUGCACAGAAGGUAAACGGACCUUCGGGAGUCGGUUCCUGCUGGACAAACACGUUCGCCUCCAUCACAAAGCCGCAGACGGUCCCCCGCUGACCAGGAAGCGUGCAGCCACGGGAGGGGAGGGGCCAGGCAGCUCGUCAGAGCAGGACGGGGAGUCUGGCCCGCCUCCGCCCCGCCCCGCCCCGGACGAUGAACACGCCCCAGAAGAGGGAGGCGGUCCCGCCAAAAGAACCCGGGCUUCCAGGCUGUCCGUGUCCUCGGCGCCCGGCGAGCUGGAGGAGGAGGACAGCGUCUUCCGCUGCGUCCCCUGCGGUUUCUCCACGGAGGACGGGGCGGAGUUUCAGCGGCACAUCCCGCAGCACCGCGGCGACGCCGCCUCCUUCCAGUGCCUGCAGUGCGGCGUCUGCUUCGCCUCGGCCGGCUCGCUCGGCCGCCACCGCUUCAUCACCCACCGGGUGAGGGACGCCCCGGGCGAGGCGGAGCGCGGCGCCCCCCACACCCAGGGCUCCCCGGCCGGCUCCCCCACCGCCUCCCCUCAGGCGCAGGGGGAGGACGGCGACGGCAACACGGGUUGCAAGGUGUGCGGGCGCCGCUUCGACAAGGCCUCCGACCUCAACACCCACUUCAGGACCCACGGGAUGGCGUUCCUCAGCGCACACAAGACAGACAAGCCCUGAGGGGGGGGGGCCGCCCCCAGGGUAUGAAUGUGGAGGAAACGCAGCUGCAGUUUUUUAACACAAACAUUUAGCCCCUCCCACCGCCACACCUUUGUGUGCAAACUGCAUGUUUGAUCCUGUCACUCUGUGACUCCGCCCCCUCCUCACUGACAGUAGCCUGCCCUCAAGCCCCUCCCACUGGGCUGACACUCCAUGUCACAUGGUCAUGCUGCUGCUUGCCUGGACUCCGCCCAGCAUUUCUGAGGCCACGCCCACUUCAGCUCCUAUUUAUUCCUGCAGAACGACUGCUUUUGGAGACGAUGAAGGCCUUUGAGUGGGGUGGGUGGGUGGGGGCCGAGGGUCAGCGAGGUCCGUAGCGUGUCGUGAGAAUCAUGUGACGUUAAUUGUAAAGCUAAAGGGGGGGGGGGGGGGGUAGAUGGCAUCUCCGUGUAAAUACCCAGAACCACCCGGAGUCCAGCAGACGCCCCUUUUAGUCAGUCGCUACCCGUGAAAACGUAGAGUAUUUGUGUUGUUCCCUCUGCCCCCCUUUUCUGAUAUUUAAGAGAAAAAGCCCCCCCCCCCCUCCUUCCUGAAAAAGCUUCAUUGUAAUUACAAAGCAGGGGGGGGGGCUGCUGAAAACUGGUUUCUCUUCCCCCCGUGUCCGUGCUGCAGUUCCGACGGCUGCCGCACGGGGGCGCCCGUGCUUCUCUUUUGUCAUAUUUAUAUCCUAGCUGCCUAGUGGACGCUUCCUGUCUUUUCCUUUUCCAUGCUUGUGAUUGGCUCGCUGUGACGCCAUACACUUUUGUGCUGUUUGGAAAUAAAUGUGUCAAAGUGAAA